AUGCUUCUUUGCAGGGAACCCUCGUCAGGGCACGCCAGACUUGGUGAUCAAGAAUCUUCAGUCGUCACACCUGCUUACUUGUCAACAUUGACGAUGUUUGCUGUUGUAUCGCGCUUCAUCAAUCUGCAGAUGAUGCUCUUUCUCUUGCUUUCGCACCUCGUCGCACACGUUUUACCCGGCUGUUUCUCUUCCAAGUGCGAAGAUCAUGAGCGACCAAGCCAUAAGUCAUCAGACACAACAUUCUCCUCUCGUCGCGUUGAGUUGAUACUCUACAAAGCUGUGCCGGCUGGGGGUCAGGAAGUGUGCGAGCAAAAGUGCCGGGAGGAGUUCAUGGAUCGAUACAUGUUUGGCUUGGGUGUCGAUGCAGAAAUUGUGGCCACCCACUGCAACCUUGGUUGGGUAUCUUUCUCUCUGCGAGAACCGGUGGCUGUCAUGGAUCUGAGAUUUGAUACAGACGCCUUCAACCAGCUUUGGCCCAUGUUCAAGAAAGGAAAGAUGCCAGCCGACAAAUUCCAGGCUUCUAGCUCGACCGGGAACGAAGACGAUUGUCCCGAUUCGCUUUUGAAUAGGGUCAUGGAAUCUGUAUUGCCAAUUGGUAUGACAGCAGCAAUGGCGUAUGCUCGUCCUGGUCACUCCACUACUUCAACGGUGUCAAUGAGCGUAGCGGGGAUUACUGCGAGUGCAGCUGCGGAUGCUUAUAAAAAGAAGUGCGCUAAGAAGAAGAAACCCAAAACACAAAAAGUCUGCCUGUGUCAUGUUGGCGCUGUUGUUGAGGAGUUACUCGUGCCAAGGCCCGGCUUUGAGGAAGACGACAAUGAAUGCGAGCCUGAAACUUUUGUCGAUCGAUUUACGCGUCAACAAUGGACCAUCCUCGAGAAGGACAAUAGGAAAGCGUCUGCGGGAGCACCGGUCGUAUACAAUCAAAAUCGACCACGUCCCACUUAUGAACAAUAUGUGCGAUCGCAGCCCGCUAGUAUCGUUCGUGGGGAAUAUCGUUUUACUUUCUUGGCAGCCAAGUACUGGUCGUGGCGCACUCGUAGGCCUCUGCCAAACGCGAUAACUGCCCAGACGAUGCACACGAUCGGCACUACAUGCACGACAAUCAUAAUGGAUGCUCAAGGAAUUGCGCAAGUGGAAGAGACGACGGUCGAAGUAGGCGACUGGCCGGUAGAGAUUACCUGA